GUGCUUCCCGGCUCCAGGAGUAAAGAUGGCAGGUCUGGGCUCUCCAGUGCACACGCUCAGAUGUCUCCUGCGGGAGCUACGUCACGUGACCGGUGUCACUCGGUACCGGCAGAGCGCGGCUUUUAGCUUCAUCCGGGAGCAGUUCCGGAGGCACCAAGUAACCAGUGAGAAGUUGUGCCGUGCGCAGCAGGAAUUGCAUUUUCAGGCCAGCACCUAUCUCUGCCUCCUGCGCAGUGUUAGAAGUCACGUUGCCCUGCAUGAAGAAUACCACAGUAAGGGCGAGAGGUCACCAGAAGACGUGGCUGGGCAAGUUGGCCUCAAACUACCCCAGCAACCAGGAGGGAAAGGCUGGGAGCAUUGAGUUGUGUUACAACAGUGUGCAUCUGAAUUGACUUUUGUUUUGUUCAUCACCUAACUUAAUGUAAGGUCUUUGUUUUGCCAUAUAAAUAUUAUGUCUUGCCACAAA